AUGGUGUCCAAAUUCUUCAAAAACCGCAGGGUCUAUCUGCUGACUAGCGUUGCCUACAUGGGCUCGCUGCUGUUCGGUUAUGACACUGGAGUGAUGGGUAGCGUUCUCGCGCUCAAGGCUUUCAAGGAAGAUUUCGGACUGCCUACAGACUCAUCUGGAUUCUCCGACUCAAAGAACGCGUCGGUGUCAUCGAAUGUCGUUUCGCUCCUCACCGCCGGUUGCUUCUUUGGAGCCAUCGCGGCUGCCUGGUUCAACGAACGGUUCGGUCGACGGCUAUCUCUCAUGGGUUUCUCCCUCGUUUUCCUUAUCGGUGCCGCGAUCCAGACUGCCGCCCACCAUGAGAUCGGCAUGAUCUACGCAGGACGCGUUAUCGCUGGUCUCGGUAUUGGAGGAAUGUCAUCCAUCACUCCCGUGUUCGUCGCAGAAAAUGCACCUCCAGCUCUUCGAGGACGUAUCGCCGGUCUUUUCCAAGAAUUCCUGGUGAUUGGCAGUACCUUCGCAUACUGGCUUGAUUAUGGAGUCGCACUCCAUAUGCCCGUCUCAACGAAGCAGUGGAGAGUCCCGGUAUCGAUCCAACUGAUUCCAGGUGGUUUCAUGUUGAUUGGGCUUUUCUUCCUCAAGGAAUCUCCUCGAUGGUUGAUGUCGAAGGGUCGGCAAGAAGAAGCUGCGGAGUCACUCGCAUUCAUUCGCUGCGAACAACACGACAGCCCCGAACUUCUGCAGGAACUGGCAGAGAUUCGUGCGGCUGUAGAGGAGGAGCUCAACAUGACGGAAGGCAUUACAUGGAAAGAAUGCCUUCUUCCUGGUAACCGAUACCGUUUUAUCACUGCUUUUGUGCUCAUGUUCUGGCAGCAGUUUAGCGGAACAAACUCGAUCGGUUAUUAUGCGCCCCAAAUCUUCCAGACUAUCGGUGUCUCCAAGUCCAAUGCCUCGCUCUUCGCAACCGGUAUCUACGGAACCGUCAAGGUGAUCACAACGGGUAUCUUCUUGAUCUUCGGAAUCGAUUUCAUUGGGCGCAAAUACUCACUCAUGGGUGGUGCGGCAUGGAUGGCGGCCAUGAUGUUCAUUAUUGGAGCUGUUCUCGCCACCUACCCGCCAAACCCAGACGCUGACUCCGUAUCAUCACCCUCCAUUGCCAUGGUGGCCAUGAUUUACCUUUAUGUUAUCGGAUACUCGGCUUCUUGGGGCCCCGUUCCAUGGGUAUACUUGUCAGAAAUCUUCCCAACGCGGCUUCGAUCCUACGGUGUCGGAAUGGGAUCUGCGACUCAGUGGCUCUUCAACUUCGUGAUUACGAAGAUCACCCCAGAGGCUAUCAAUCACAUCGGCUGGAAAACCUUCCUUAUGUUCGGUAUCUUUUGUCUUUCCAUGGGCAUUUUCGCAACGUUCUUCAUCAAGGAAACUAAGGGAAAGACUCUCGAAGAGAUCGACAUUCUCUUCGGAGAUGUGUCAGCCGAGCAGCGCCUCCAAGAUGUCGAAGCGGGAAUGAAGGAGGAACAGCGGAAGCACUCGGUAAAGUACAUGGAGGACGCCACCGAGCUCGAGAACAAGGCAGGGAAAGAGUAG